UCCCGGGCAUCUUCGAGAUAUUCGAACAUUUUUGUCACCUCGCGAUCCUUCUGGUCACGCACGACGCCUGUCGCCGCGCCUGUGCCGACAGGCCCAGAACUCUAUGAUGUCGUGUGCGUUGGUGGCGGUCCAGCAGGACUGAGCUUGCUCAGCGCGCUCCGUAAGAUCAGACACAGCAUCUGUAGUACUGCGAACCUCAAGAUUGCCCUGGUCGAGGGGCAAGACCUCAACAAGUCACAGGUGCAAGCCGAGUCGACGACCUUCUCCAACAGAUGCAGCUCCCUCACUCCUGGCUCGGUCAAAUUCUUGAAUGACAUUGGAGCAUGGAAGCACAUCGCUGCCUCACGCGUGCAGCCAUACCAGGCCAUGCAGGUGUGGGAUGGCGUGUCUGGAAGCAGCAUCAGUUUCGAUCCCUCGUCGUCAUCAAACGUCUCGGAUACAGUGGCUACCAUGACCGAGAAUACCAAUCUCACGUCCGCCCUCCUGGCUCGCCUCAAUGCGUUACCCUCGAUUGACGUAAUGGACAAAACGCGUGUUGAGGGAAUCGAGCUUGGAAAAGAAACAGAGAGCAUGGAUUUGUCAAAUUGGCCAGUCGUGUCUCUCAACAACUCGCGCAAAUUGGCUGCUCGUCUUCUGAUCGGUGCCGAUGGAGCAAACAGUCCUGUACGAACAUUUGCUGGUAUCCCUUCAAGAGGCUGGGACUACAAUCGCCAUGGCGUGGUAGCCACUGUGCAGAUUGAAGGGGCCAAUUGGGGCCAAAACGACCACAGAACAGCAUAUCAGCGCUUCCUCCCUACCGGUCCUGUCGCACUAUUGCCUUUACCCGGCAAUGUAGCCACUCUAGUGUGGUCAACAACACCCGAGAAAGCCGCUCUCCUCAAAUCACUCAGCAGCACCGACUUUACUGCCAUGGUGAACGCUGCGUUCAGACUCUUGCCAGUCGACCUCGAAUACAUGCACACCAUGACAUCAGGUCAAGCCGACGAGCUUUCCUGGCGUGAAGCCAAUACCGCCUUCAAUUCUGAACGUAUGCCGCAAAAGAUUUCUGCCGUUCAAGAUGGCAGUGUUGCUUCUUUCCCGCUGCGUAUGCGUCAUGCAGAUACUUAUACCGGUCACCGCGUCGCUCUCCUCGGAGAUGCAGCUCAUACUAUUCACCCUCUCGCUGGCCAAGGUCUGAAUCAGGGUCUCGGUGAUGCUCAGUCGCUUGCUAAGCACAUUAACUUCUCGCUCUCCGUGGGCAAGGACAUUGGCAGCAACUGGGCGUUGGACGCAUACAACGCUGAACAGUGGGCAAAGAACAACGCUAUGCUGGGCGCCGUAGACAAGUUGCACAAGCUUUACAGCGCUGGCAGUGGUCCUGUCGUCUGGGCAAGAAGUCUUGGACUUGACGCUGUAGACAAGAUGGGCUUCCUCAAANAGUUCUUCAUGCGCCAGGCAGCGGGAACA